GCCCACUCCGGUAUUUUCCCCACAUUAAUAUGCAGAGAGGCGAGUUGGAGAAGCGGACUGUCCCUGCGCUGCUGGAGGGACCAGAGCGGCAGGAAGCGGCAGGAAGCAGGACGCCAUCCUGCGGUCAGCAGCUGCAGAGAGAGGAAGAGGAGGAGGAAGGGUAGCCGCAGGAUUUUCAUGCACCUCUGGACCGGAACCGACCCGCUACGUGACUGAAGGAGCACCGAGAGGAGGAGGAGGCCUUCCUCCAUCCCGCAGCUCUGCGUCAAAGGUUCCUCGGCCCUCUGGAAGCAGGGAACCGGAUCUGAAGACCUCUACAUGUUCUUCAUCCUCCCCAGAGCUCAGCGACCAUCAUCAUCUUCAUUCUGAGAAGCUCUUUAUCUCUCGUUGUCCACCAUGCGUCCUUCCCUUGCCACAGCGGUCCUGCCCGCCAGAACCCGUUCCCAUAACCCCCCCAACCUAGCGGUGGGGGCCCGCGAACACCUGUCUGCGCCCCGCAGACGCAGCCCCCACCUGCGCCACACCUUGAGCCCAGACAACCUGCGGACGCUGGCGGAGAGGGGCGGGGCGGCCGUGGAUGCCGUGUCGGUGGUGGGCGGACCUAUCGGGCUGAUGCGGGCCAACAGCGACACGGACCUGGUGAGCUCCCAGAGCCGGUCCUCGCUCACAGCGUCCACCCUGGAGUACACGCUGAACCGCGGCCAGAACCUGGUCAUUUCCUGGGACAUCAAGGAGGAGGUGGACGCCACCGACUGGAUCGGGCUGUACCACAUCGAUGAAUCCAGUCCGUCCAACGUGUGGGACUGCAAGAACCGAGGGGUGAACGGGACCCAGAAGGGCCAGAUUGUCUGGAGGUUGGAGGCCGGGCCGUACUUCAUGGAGCCUGAGACCAAGAUCUGCUUCAAGUACUACCAUGGAGUGAGCGGAGCUCUGAGAGCGACCACCCCCUGCAUCACCGUGAAGAACCCCGCUGUCCUGGUGGAGGGUGUCGCAGAGCAGGUGGGCGUAGAACAUCCCCGGAAACUGAUCAGCUUUACUUUAACCGACCUGCGGGCCAACGGCUUGAAGAAAGGCAUGUUCUUCAACCCUGACCCCUACCUGAAGAUGUCCAUCCAUCCUGGGAAGAGAAACGUCUUCCCGGUCUUCAGCCAUCAUGGACAGGAGCGCCGCUCAGCCAUCAUCGCUAACACCACCAACCCGGUGUGGCACGGAGAGAAAUACACCUUCGUGGCGCUGAUGACCGACAUCCUCUACAUCGAGGUGAAAGACAAGUUUGCUAAAAGUCGUCCAAUCAUCAAGCGUUUCCUGGGUCAGCUGGCCAUCCCCGUGCAGCGGCUCAUCGAAAAGAUCCCAGGAGUGCAGCCCGUCAGCUUCCCGCUGUGUCGACGCCUUCCCACCGAACACGUCAGCGGCCAGCUGCAGUUUAAGGUGGAGCUGACCUUGACGGGACCUGAUGGUGCCUCUCCAGAUUCCAUUAUCGGCGUUUCAUCGCUCAACGGAGCUCCAGGGACUCCUUCUGACGAUGAAGACCUGCCCCAUCCUCUCCCAGGUCCAUCCUGCUACCAGGGAUCUCCACACAUGUGGGAAGGCGGAGCCGCUGCCUUUCCGGACAAAGACCUGCCUGUCGUCCGGUCGGCCAGAUUUCUAGAUCCGGUGGUCAUUUCAGAGCAGCCGAUUCUCCAGAGGUCCCUCAGUGAGGGGCUGGAUGCCAUCGAGGCCCCCAAAGGGCCUGGAGAGAGGCCUCUGGGUUCCGCCUCCCCUAAACUCUGCUCCAGCUUCCCCACGCACACCAGACUCAGUGACAUAUUGCACAUUGACUCGGACGAGGACGAGGAAAGAUCUGGGAUGAACGACUUUCCUCCGAUGCCUGUAUCGCCGCUGCUGAUGAACGGAGAACCUCCUGAUGUCAGCGGUCCAGAUGAGGCCGACCCGUUCUCCGAGCUCAGGCAGGAACAUCUGGAGGAGGAGGAGUCUGCCCUCGAUGUAAUGGAGGAAGCGCUUCCAGAGCCUCGAGUUUCCAUGGGUGCAGAUCUGGAGUUAGACGACGUUCUGGAGGCGGAGGUUUUCCUUGAGGAGGAGGAGGCUCAUGUCGCUCCGGAUGUUACCCAUCAACCUUUGCAAGGCAGCAGAGAGACUCCUGAACAGGAAGCUGUGCGAGUUGAAGAUCUCACAUCCGAGAUGGACUCCUGCUCCAUGGCAACAGCCCCUCAGACGGUUUUCUCCUCCUCAGAGAGCGGCGCAAUCACCAUGGCCACGGCUAUGGAAGCUGAGGAAGGAGCAGCGACAGCCAUCGAUCCAGGAGGAGACGCCGAGCCGCCGGGCCCCUCACCGACCGCCACAACCCGCGAUGAUGAGGAGGAGGGGGAGGAGGGUGGCCGAGCUGAAGCCGCAGAGGCUGAGGGAGAACCUGCAGCUGCCGGUGAGCAGCAGGAGGUUCAGGAGGAGGUCAGUGUGAGGAGGCGGAGCCUGCAGGCAGCGAGCAGGGCCAGUAAGGAGCAGGAAGAGGAGGAGACCAAGACGCCUGGGGUGGGGGCUGUGGAUACGGAGCAUGUUACCAUGGAAACAGAAGGGGAUGAAGGAGGCGGCGUUAACGGCCAUCCGGUGCGUUCGCUCCCCUCCGUGCGCCAGGACCUCCAUCGAUACCAACGGGUGGACGAGCCGCUGCCCCCCAACUGGGAGGCUCGGAUCGACAGCCAUGGGAGGAUCUUCUUUGUGGACCAUGUGAACAGGACCACCACGUGGCAGCGUCCCACCGGCCCCCCCGCCCCACAGGGCCUGACCCGCUCCAACUCCAUCCAGCAGAUGGAGCAGCUGAACCGCAGAUAUCAGAGCAUCAGGAGAACCAUCACCAACAGCGACCGAGCAGAGGAGAGCUCCUCUGACCUCCUCCCUGAGGCGGAGGGGGAGCUGAUGCCUCACUCCGUUCCUGAGUACCGCCGAGAGAGCGCCGUGGCCCCCCCCAGCGGCCGCUCGCGCCUCUCCCUGCUGCUGCAGUCGCCCAGCGCCAAGUUCCUGUGCAGCCCUGACUUCUUCACCGUGCUGCAUUCAAACCCCAGUGCCUACCGCAUGUUUACGAGCAACACCUGCCUGAAGCACAUGAUCAGUAAGGUGCGGCGAGAUGCUCAUUACUUUGAGCGCUACCAGCACAACCGUGACCUCGUCACCUUCCUCAACAUGUUCUCCAACAAGCAGCUGGAGCUCCCCAGAGGCUGGGAGAUGAAGCACGACCACACCGGGAAGCCUUUCUUUGUGGAUCAUAACUGUCGAUCGACGACCUUCAUCGACCCCCGCCUGCCCCUCCAGAGCUCCCGAUCCACCGGGCUUCUGGCCCACCGCCAACACCUGAGCCGCCAGCGAAGCCACAGCGCAGGAGAGUGCGUUCUCUUGUCGCAGGUGGUGGAUGACUCCCGGCAGACGGGUCUGCCCGCCAUGCCCCGCCCCUCCAGCACCUUCAGUGGUUCCAGUCGGAGCCCCUACCACGAUGUGGUGCCUGUGGCCUAUAAUGACAAGAUAGUGGCGUUUCUACGGCAACCCAACAUCUAUGAGAUCCUGCAGGAGCGGCAGCCGGAGCUGUCCAGGAAUCCGUCCCUAAAGGAGAAGGUGCAGUUCAUCCGCAGUGAGGGGGUCAACGGGCUGGCUUGUCUCUCCAGUGACGCCGACCUGGUCAUGCUGCUCAGCCUGUUUGAGGAGGAAGUGAUGUCAUACGUGCCGUCGCUGCUCCACCCGGGUUACAGCCUGUCCUCUCCUCAGAGCUCUCCUGGCACGCCUCGGGCAAACGCUCGAGCUCCCGCUCCUUACAAGAGAGACUUUGAAGCUAAACUGAGGAAUUUCUACAGAAAGCUGGAGACCAAGGGUUACGGGCAGGGACCAGGAAAAGUCAAGCUCAUCAUCCGCAGAGACCACCUGCUGGAGGACGCCUUCAAUCAAAUCAUGUGCUACUCCCGCAAAGAUCUGCAGAGGAGCAAACUCUACGUUAGCUUUGUGGGCGAGGACGGGCUGGACUACAGCGGACCGUCCAGAGAGUUUUUCUUCCUGGUGUCCAGAGAACUUUUUAAUCCGUACUACGGCUUAUUCGAGUACUCGGCCAACGACACGUAUACGGUGCAGAUCAGCCCCAUGUCCGCCUUCGUGGACAACCACCACGAAUGGUUCCGGUUCAGCGGGCGGAUUCUGGGGCUGGCGCUGGUCCAUCAGUACCUGCUGGACGCAUUCUUCACUCGUCCAUUUUACAAGGGUCUGCUCCGUAUUCCAUGUGACCUUAGUGACCUGGAGUUCCUUGAUGAGGAGUUCCACCAGAGCCUGCAGUGGAUGAAGGACAACGACAUCGAGGACAUGCUGGACCUCACCUUCACCGUCAACGAGGAGGUGUUUGGGCAGAUCACAGAGAGGGAGCUGAAGCCGGGCGGGGCCGGCAUCCCCGUGUCUGAGAAGAACAAGAAGGAGUACAUCGAGCGAAUGGUGAAGUGGCGUAUCGAGCGAGGAGUCGCCCAGCAGACGGAGAGCCUGGUCCGAGGAUUUUAUGAGGUGGUGGAUGUGCGGCUGGUGUCGGUGUUCGAUGCCCGCGAGCUGGAGCUGGUGAUCGCAGGAACGGCAGAGAUCGACCUGGCAGACUGGAGGAGCAACACGGAGUACAGAGGAGGUUACCAUGACAACCACAUAGUGAUUCGCUGGUUCUGGGCGGCUGUGGAGAGAUUCAACAACGAGCAGAGGCUGCGGCUGCUGCAGUUUGUGACGGGAACCUCAAGUAUUCCCUACGAAGGUUUCGCUUCCUUACGAGGAAGUAAUGGACCGCGCAGAUUCUGCGUGGAAAAGUGGGGAAAGAUCACGUCCUUACCCAGGGCUCACACCUGCUUCAAUCGUCUGGACCUGCCGCCGUACCCGUCCUUCUCCAUGCUCUAUGAGAAGCUGCUGACCGCCGUGGAGGAGACCAGCACCUUCGGCCUGGAGUGACCUCCGCCACAGAUCAACCGUGAGACAGCUGACCUGCUGCUUCCUCCUCCUCCAGCUCCUCAUCCUCAGCAGCCGUCGAGUCAGCAGAACCUCUGAGGACGUUUUCAUUUGGACCUGUUGUCACUGAGCCACGUGUUCUUUACCUCAUCCAGCCUGCACCCCCCCCUCCCCUCUGGACCUUCAAACUGUGCUGGGAGAUGAGGACCACGUCUAGAUGCCCUGGGCCUAACUGGACCGGCACCACAUCAGCUCCCUCCUCUUCCUCCUGACGAUGCGAUCACUUCCUGCUCAGAGAAGCAGGAUUCAGGUGUGUGAGUCGAACCGCUGGGAUCUGAAGGACUCCAGCUGAUGAAGCAGAGCAGCAGAACCUUUCAGGGAGGUUCAUCUGAGGAGGACCAAGAUACCUUUCUAUAGGUGGGGGUGGUCAGGAAAGGGUGGGUCAGUGAAGAGGCUGUAGUGAGUUUGUUCCAGGACGGUGGUUUUCACCCGUCCAGCAGAACGUAGGACAGGUGUCUCACUUCCCACUGGACACUCUGUCUUUCACAGAUCUGCUUGCUUCCACCCAGGGAGCUGGUUAGAUCCGUCCUCUGACCACAGAACCUGAGGGGGUCUCAGGAUGCAGAGACACAUUUUGGUCCCUGUCCCAGUCCUUCCAGUUCUCCCAGUCAAACAAUGCAUGCUGGUUCUGUUGGUUUCGGGCUCUGUGAGCUCCGCCAGCAGACACCUCUAGGUGGCGCCGUGUUAUAGCUCAAUAUUGCAUGCAGAAAUAGUCCUGCUAGAUUUGUGUAUGAGGACACUUCAUCCGGACAUGGUGCUGAGUGCGCCGCUGGAGACGGUACCUGGAGGUGUAGCAAGGAGAGGGUACAGGGACCGGAGCAAGGAGAGGGUACCGGGAGGCAGAGCAAGGAGAGGGUACCGGGAGGCAGAGCAAGGAGAGGGUACAGGGACCGGAGCAAGGAGACGGUACGGGGAGGCGGAGCAAGGAGAGGGUACGGGGAGGCGGAGCAAGGAGAGGGUACCGGGAGGCAGAGCAAGGAGAGGGUACCGGGAGCAAGAGCAAGGAGAGGGUACCGGGAGGCAGAGCAAGGAGAGGGCAGAGCAAGGAGAGGGUAUCGGGAGGCGGAGCAAGGAGAGGGUACCGGGAGGCAGAGCAAGGAGAGGGCAGAGCAAGGAGAGGGUACCUGGAGGCAGAGCAAGGAGAGGGUAUCGGGAGGCGGAGCAAGGAGAGGGUACCUGGAGGCGGAGCAAGGAGAGGGUACCGGGAGGCAGAGCAAGGAGAGGGUACCGGGAGGCGGAGCAAGGAGAGGGUACCGGGAGGCGGAGCAAGGAGAGGGUACCGGGAGGCAGAGCAAGGAGAGGGUACCGGGAGGCGGAGCAAGGAGAGGGUACCGGGAGUGGUAGCAGGGGGCGGUACUAAAUGGUGGCAAGCGGCUGUUGGACAGGGCCAAUGAUCCAUGCAGAGCAGAACCAGUGUGCAGUCCUGGCGGUCUCUCUGUAAAUAAACUUCUGUGUCCGUCCGUCUGUCCGUCCUACUGUGUGUAAAAUCCAUGUUCUGCACCGGUUCUACCGAAGGUUCAGGGUGUUUUGCUCCAAUGAAUCGGGCCUUUGGUUCGGUCGAGUUCUUCCAGAAUCAUGUUUGGAUGAACUUUGUGCAUGAGAAGCUUCCUGUUGUGCCGCUCCGUUCUUCACUGCAGUGCCGGUUCUGUUGGACCUGAAGAUAGCGGCUCUGCUGGUCUGGAUCUGGAUCCACCUUCAGAACCUCACUCUAUGCAAGGCUGCUGUCUGUCUGUCUCCAUUUCACUGGGAUGAUUGUAAUAAAAGAACCGACUGAACACUUUCA